AUGGUUGCGGCCGUUGAUAUAGAUGUCCGGGCGGGUCAGUUAGGGAUUAAUUGGUCUGAGAUUAAUCUCGAUUCAAUCCAACUUCCUCCUGGAGACGAUUUUGGGAUCGCGAGUGAUGAUGAAGCAGUAUACCACGAGGAUCAGUCAGCAUUUGAUACUGGAUUCGGUAACAUAAUCGUAGUAGAUCACCUCCCUGUUGUUCUCAGAGAGAAGUAUGAGAAAAUUGGAGGUGUUGUCAAGUUGCUAUUGUUCGAACAAAUUCGUAAAGACGCAGAAGAGACCUACAAGCUUAACCCUUCAGAUGCCGAUAACUUAACGAGAUGGGGAGGAGCUUUACUGGAGUUAGCUCAGUUUCACAGUAUCUCAGAUGCAAAGCAAAUGCUUCAAGGUGCUUUUCUUUUUUGA